AUGGAGUCUGUGAUUGUUCCUGCCGAAGCGGAGGGGUUCGUUCAGAGUCUGGAAACUUUCUCCAUCAAGGCCGUGGGCUCUGCAAGGUGGUUCAGACAGCAUGAGUACAUCGAGAAACUCAACAUGCAAGCGAUCCUGAACGCCUCUGCCAUGCAGGAUGAGUUCAUCAAGGAGCUGCUGGUGUCCUAUGGGAAGAUCCCUCUCCUGAUCCAUGAGAUGAUCCUGGUGGAAGUGUGGAAGCAGAAGGUGUUCCCUAUCUUAUGUCAGCUGCAGGACUUCAAUCCUAAGAGCACAUUUCAUCUUUACAUGGUGAUCCACCAUGAAGCUACAAUCAUUAACCUUCUGGAAACGAUCAUGUUCCACAAGGAUUCAUGUGAGGCGGCUGAUGACGCUGUUCUUGAUUUGGUGGAUUAUUGUCACCGUAAACUCACCCUGCUGGCCAGCAAGGCAAUCAGGGAGAAAACCACAGCUCAAAUUAACCUGAAAGAUAAAACAGAUGUGUCCUGCAUAGAGGAGUUGCAGAUUCAAAGCGUUGCACUGGAGUUUGAGAUCUCGCUGAAGGCUGUUUCUGUGCUGCGCUACGUCACCGAUCACACCAACAGUAUCAGUGUCAUCAAUCGCAUGCUGUGCACCCAUAACCUGCCUUGUGUGCUGGUUCAGCUGAUCGACUGCUGCCCUUGGAGUCGCUGCAGAGAAGGUGAGGUGGAGAAGUACUUAAACAGCAAGUGGCAGAAGAUUCCUGUGGAUGACCAUUUAAAGAUGACAAAACUUGACGGCCAGGUCUGGAUUGCGCUUCACAAUCUGCUGCUAAAGGAAGAUUGCCAAAGAAAAUACGACUUCAACAGAUUCAACAAGAAUCAGAUGCUGAAGCUCCGAGGUUUCUUGACAGAGGUGCUGGUUGAUCAGCUGCCAAACUUGGUGGAGCUGCAACGUUUCCUUGCUCAGCUCGCAGUCACAGAUCCAGGCCCUCCGAAAAGAGAGCUUGUUUUGGAGCAGAUCCCCGAAAUUUGGGACCACAUUGUGAGUGACAACUCUGGGAAGUGGAAGGCAACAGCAAAGUAUCAAGUGAAAGAAACAUUCAACCCAUCUGAAAAUGACCUGAGACUACAUGCAGAGAGGUUGGCUCAGACGUACAACUUGGAUGUGAUGGAGAGUUUACUCCCUGAGAAGCCAAAGUGUGGCGGCUGUGGGAAAGAGGCAGCAAAGAGAUGCUCUCGCUGUCAGGGGGAAUGGUACUGUAACAGAGAAUGUCAGGUGAAGCAUUGGCCGAAACACAAGAAAGCGUGUCAGCUCAUGGUCGACGCCACAAAGAAGAUCCAGAUGGAUCUGCACAUCAAUGACUGAAAGAAAAAAACGUUGCUCGUUAAUGUACAGACAGACGGAAAGCGCAAGAUGUUACUCUGUGUGGAAAACAGAUCUGCAUGUGGACAUUUUUAUUUUUACAUUCUUAU